AUGGACUUUCCCUCUCAGAUGCCCGAUUGUCCUUUUACUAUGUAUUCGCGGUGGAGUCGAGACGAGAGACGCACCUACUUACGCUGGCUGCAAAACUGGUUUCAGCACAUGCUUGACACUGGAAGCGCUAUCCUGGCCCCCGAAUUGGAUUUUCAUGCUACCAAAAUGCAGCCGGCACCAGAGAUAUCGGCCGAGUCAUGGAAAAAAGAGGAGAUGGGCGAGCCAAACCCUAUCGCAGACUUGGUCUUGGAGACUCUGCAACACGCACCAGCAAUGCGUUACAAGGGCUGGAAAAGAGUACAAGAUACCCUCACCCUCAUCCCGCCCGCAAGGAGAACAACGGAGCUUGUGGGUCUUUUAUGCGCUGCGCUUCGGGGAGAGAUGAUUUAUUGGCAACGGCUUCAAAAGAUUGAGCAGUCCAUAUCGUUGGAGUCUCUGAGAUCAAUGUACAUAAUGAAUGUCAUACUCAUCGUCUCGGUCCUGACAGGACUAGAAGUCAGGCAAGAAGAGAUUGUGCCACCCGUCCCAUUGGCGUAUCCUGUGAUAGAGGAGGACUACUUGGCUUUGGAUGACAUACUCGUCCAGCUGCAAAAGCUGAAAACAGUUGAUGCCGAUGAUCAGGCAAACCAAAUUGAAGUGCAAAGAUUCAGGCAAGUUUUGGGUCGCCUGAUGGCGCGGGUACGCCCGGGGCAAUUGUUUGCUGCUAUGGCUGGGCACCUCGCCCAGCUUGUGAGAGAUUCAGCUCCCGACGACAACUUCGAUUUCGCUGAUCCUCAUCAAGUCCUAACGGACUGCGCCUUGUACCUUUGA